GUCUUCAAGGGACGACUGAUCUGGAGCCAGGAGACGGUCCAGAUCACCACCGACGCGAGCCUGAGGGGUUGGGGAGCCCACUGCGGACACCAGAUGGCACAGGGGAGGUGGUCCCUCGAAGAACAGGCCAUGUCCAUCAACAGACUGGAGCUGAGGGCAGUAAGGCUGGCCCUACUGUCCUUCCACCAGUCAGUCCUCAACAGGUCUGUCCUGAUCAGAACGGACAACACGUCGACGAAAGCUCACAUCAACCGCGAGGGCGGCACGAGGUCAAAGGACCUGAUGACCGAGUCACGCCUUCUAUUCCGUUGGGCAGAAGAGCACCUGGUCUCCAUCGUGGCAGAACACCUACAGGGCAAGCUCAACACGAUUGCCGAUUGGCUGAGCCGGACAGAGGUCGACCAGGGCGAAUGGGAACUCCAUCCCGAGGUGUUCCGUCUGAUAUCCCGCCAGCUAGGCCAGCCGCGGAUAGACAUGUUCGCCUCCCCGAUAAAUGCCAAACUGCCCAGGUUCGUGUCACGCUUCCAGACAGAAGGGGCCGAGGCGGUGGACGCCCUCAACCUAGAGUGGCCAGACGAACUGGCUUACGCCUUCCCACCUCUGCCUCUGCUGCCCAGGCUGUUGGCCAAGAUCAGGAGACAAAAGAUCAAGGUGAUUCUGGUGGCGCCAGCGUGGCCAAGACGCCCUUGGUUCUCCGAGAUCCGGACUAUGACAUCAGCCAGCUUGGCCCUACCACAGCGCCGAGACCUCCUGAGUCAGGGUCAGAUCCUCCACCCCGACCCUCAGUGGCUGAACCUUCACGCCUGGAGGCUGAACGCCUCAUGCUACGCUGGUGUGGAUACUCUACAGAAGUCAUAGAAUCCAUCCUGGCCGCUAGACGACCAUCUACCAACCGCAUCUACGAGGCUACCUUCAGAUCCUUCAAGAGAUGGUGCAAGCUGAAGCGUGUCAACUUCCUCGACUUCUCGAUCCCGACGCUACUCCAGUUCCUUCAAGACGGCAUUAAAAAAGGUCUCAGACCCAACACUAUAAGGAGACAGGUGGCGGCCAUCACUUCGGUGCUACCUCACAAGAAGGCGUCAGUCAUGUCAUCUCAUCCUCAUGUUAAGAGGCUGCUGAGGGGCCUCUCUAACAGGGCUCCUCCUACACGUCAUCGCUUCCCGACCUGGAACCUUCACACAGUUCUUAAGGCCCUGACGGUGGAGCCGUUUGAGCCUAUCCGCAAAGUCUCCUUGAGAUUCCUUACCUUGAAGGUUAUCUUUCUAACGGCGAUCACGUCGGCCAGGCGGGUAUCCGAACUGGGGGCCCUGUCAGUCCGCAAGGACUUGUGCAUCUUCAGGCCAGACUCGGUGUGCCUGCGCCCGGACCCCACCUUCCUCCCGAAAGUCAAUUCACCCUUCCAUGUCUCUCAGGACAUUCUGUUGCCUUCCUUUUGCCCCAACCCCCAAAGGGACUUGGAGAAGUGCUGGCACACGCUGGACGUGCGGAGGGCCCUUUAGGUCUACCUUAAGAGAACAAAACCCUUUAGAUCUUCCGAGGCCUUGUUUGUCUCUUUUCGUCAGGGCUCUUCAGGACAAAAGGUCUCGGUGUCCACCCUGAGCAGAUGGAUCAGGACUUGCAUUGUCGAGGCUUAUAGGGCAUUAGGCCUCUCCCCCCCUGAGGGCAUUAUGGCACACUCCACUAGGAGUGCAUCCACGUCGGCCGCCCUAUUUACUAAUGCUCCGAUUGCUGAGAUCUGUAGGGCGGCCACUUGGAAGUCCUCCUCUACCUUUGUGAGGCACUACAAAUUAGACGUGUUUCAGUCCGCUGAGGCGGCCUUUGGCAGAAGGGUCCUCCAGCAGGUGGUCACUGAGUCCGCAGGUUCCGACUAGGCACCGUCCCUCCCUAGGGCGAGGGCUUUUGUAAAUCCCAGAUUACAGGAGGACAGGACCCUCUCUGCUGGGAAAACAAACGUUGGGUACUUACCGUGACACGUUAGUUUCCAGCAGAUGAGGGUCCGGUCAUCCUGCCCACCCUCGGUGCCCCUGCGGCUCAGCGCGACCUGUUGCUUGACCCUUCCUUUAUUUCUAGUUCGCUGGUUUUGCUGGUUUACUGUUACUUGCUGUCAAGCCAUUUGGGACCGGUCUCACGAGACGGCCCUUAUCAUGUUUAGUUUUAUGCUGUUCCUUAUGAUUGCCUAUUAAAGGUCAGUUAUUUUAUCCUGCUUCGCUUGGCUUGUCAUUGACUGAGGCCCAGAGGGGUUAGUCCCUCCCUAUAUAGGGGCCGGUCUUCUUUUGUCCCUGCCUACAGGAGCAAAUGGGAGGUAC